AUGACAACCUGGUAUCUGCGGCAGAAUAGACCUUUCCUGUUCCAAGCCAUCCACACAGUGACCACCUUCUCAACACAAGAAAGGCUACCUAAAAUUGAAGAGUUGAAGCAUGUUUUAUUCACAUCAGCUCUGCUUGAAGUCCAGUCAAACAUUGACCUGUUGCAGGGACUGUUGACGUAUUUAACAUGGAGCACGGAUGCUUUCCUCGGCAGAGCAGACCUUCUUUCGCGACUCAUGAUGCUCGCCAUUUCACUUGUAUAUGAUUUGCGAUUGUUUAAGCCGUCCUCGAAAGAUGUGGAAGUUAUGAUGACGAUCACCCAAGGGCGGGCUGAUGACAAUAGCCAGAGCCCGGCUGAUAAAACGCCCCAUGAGUUAUUGGAAAGGCAGCGGGCAGUACUGGCAUGUUUUAUACUGAGUUCCAAUAUCUCGUCCCAUCUUGGGCGUCAAGAUGCCUUACGAUGGACGCCACAAACAGAGGACGCGCUUCGACUCAUUGCCAUGAGUAAACCAUGCCACUCAGAUGAGUUAUUCGUAUCUCAAGUCCGGUUACAGUUGUUAAAGCAAAGAGCGGAGGAUAUCCGGCGUCAAGACGAAGCAGAUUACCUUUCCACGGGAUCAACACCCUUGGCAUCGGCUCCUCGUUUAUUCUAUAUUAAAGCUCUGCGAAGACAACUGCAAGAGCUCCGCGCAUCAUUCCGGCCAGACCAUCCCCAUAUUGACUCACUUGCUUUGCAUCCAUCUGGACAAAGGAAUGACGGUGGGAUCAAUUUGGGACUCGAACGUUUCGAGUGUUUAUGGCUAUCAGUUGAGAACAUCAAGUCAUGGCUGAAGAGUUUCUACAAAAUCCCCUGCUCGAAACUUGUCGGCCAACCUUUUCAUUUUUGGUCGCAAAUGAUUCUAAGUAUCACGCUCUUGAAAUAUCUCUCAACCCUGAAAGACCCAGAAUGGGACUGCCAGGUGGUGCGCAGCACAGUCGAUCUGAUUCCAACCAUCGAUGCCAUGCUGCAGAGAAUUGAAAUGAGUAGCAAGGAGCCGGAACUUCAGUGCAACGACCACCUACUAAAAUAUCUAUCGAAGCUUUUGAACAGAUGUCGCAUGUGGGCUGAACCUCGGUGGCACCUCACGUCUCAGGUACAAGAUGUAGAGACCAGGAUGUCUCGGAAUGUCAACCCUGACACCAUCUCACACAAUUACCAUGUGCCUGAUCUUGACCAAAUGACCUGGAUGCAGUCGAUGGACUUGGGGAAUGAGCAGUGGUUUGAAGAUGUACUAGGCAUGCCUGCGACAACGUACUGA